AUGCGGCGAAUGAUGGGGUUCGCACGGGGGGUGGGGUGGAAUAAUUCAUCAGGCGGAGAGGACCUCGAGCCUCUCGCGGCGCGGCCUCGAAGGGGCAUUUCCGGACAGCUGCCCGUCGGCGGCCCGGGCGAAGGCCCGGGCUGGGAGCUCCGCCGCGGCCACCACCUCCAGGCGAGUGCGGGGCUCCAUUCAGCGAUUCCAACGGCCUGCGGGCGCCUUUUCAACCCGCAGAUUUACCACGAAAUCCUCCACGCCUGCUGUGAUCAUCGCUGGCUGCUCGCGAUUCAGCGGGAGCUGAUCAAGGAUGAGGAGUAUAUGAAUUCCCUCCGAGAGUAUGGCGGGUCCGCGCGGGAUGUGCGGAUCAUCUCCGACAGCUUCCAAAACGACGACGAGUUCAUGGAGAAGCUUGUGGAGAAGGUGAAGACGGACGUUAAGAUGUCCUUGACGCUCUGCGCGGUGCAGGAGAGCUACGAACGAAUUCGCCAGAAGAGGGACCAUCACGAGACCCAGGUCGUUGCCGACGACGGACGGGACCCCUACGCGGCGUUGAGGACGGGACAGCAGACAGGGUUCGGUGUGCAGAGAACACCUUUAUAAGAAAUUAUCUUUUAUUAUUUUCCAUUUGGGGAGGUUCUAUAUAUCCAAUGAAUAUAUCGCUAUACAUGUUUAUACAUAUAAAUAUUAUUAUGCUAUGUCCUUUUUUUAAAGGUAAAAAAUGCUCUUAAAUGUUUCUGAGGCCGACUAAAGUGCUAAAAAGGUUUUUUAUUCAGUUCUGAAACGA